CACUACUCCCGCGAGAGAGGGGGGACCGUGGGUGGUUUAGAUGGAUGGUUGACCCUGCUGCUUCCCCUCCCCACCAGCCCCAGCUGUCAGCUCCUUUCCUGACUUCCCCACCCUGCCCCCGGUACCAUGGCGUCCAGCGAGGAGGACGGCACGGUUGAGGAGAAGGAAAACAACAACAAGAAGAGAACGAAAAGUGCCCUCGCGACCGCAUGGCUCACUUUCUACAACAUCGCCAUGACCGCCGGGUGGAUGGUUUUGGCCAUGGCGAUGAUGCGCUUCUACAUCCAGAGAGGCACACACAAGGGUCUGUACAGAAGUAUAGCAAGGACCCUCAAGUUUUUCCAGACCUUUGCAUUAGUUGAGGUGGGACAUUGUGCCAUUGGAAUCGUGAGGACUUCUGUGAUUGUAACCGGGGUUCAAGUGUGUUCACGGAUUUUCAUGGUUUGGUUCAUCACCAACAGCAUCAGACCGAUCCAGAAUGAAGAGAGCGUAAUCCUAUUCCUGGUUGUGUGGACGAUGACAGAGAUUACCAGAUAUUCCUACUACACAUUCAACCUGCUCCACCACCUGCCGUACUUCAUCAAAUGGGCCAGAUACAACCUCUUCAUCGUCUUGUACCCGCUGGGAGUUGUCGGAGAACUGAUGACCAUUUACGCUGCUCUGCCGUUUGUACGCAGAUCUGGAAUGUACUCAAUGAGGCUUCCUAACAUAUAUAACGUGUCGUUCGAUUACUACUACUGCCUCAUCAUCGUCAUGUUAUCCUACAUCCCAUUGUUCCCUCAACUCUACUUCCACAUGCUUCGGCAGAGGAGAAGGGUGCUUCACGGGGAAGUCAUCGUGGAGAAGGAUGACUAGAAAAGCCACCACCUCAUGCCUUCAUUUGAGCCAGCCUGCCUCCACAUCACCCUAAACCCCCACUUCAUCUCCUCCUCGUCUUUAGCACCAUCAGCUGUUACAUUCUUUAUUGCACUGGACCGGAAAGCCAUGCAGAUGGGAACCUGUCAGGCGGGAGCUGUAUCACUUGUUAUAACAUGGAAGAAAGGAAUUUAUCAGUACGGAGAGAAAAAAAAAAAAAGUAUUGUUAGGAUUGAUUCCUAUCUGGGCGGUAAUAUUGGAAGCAUGUUUACAGUCCCAGUGUUUGCUGGAGUGUGAGACAGAAACUUGAUAUUGUGUCUCAGCUCAAAGAGAUCCUGAGUCCUUUUUCAACCACUAACCUUAAUGCACCUUGUUGCACUGAAAACACAUAAACCACUGCACUUCACCCAGCUGUCUGAGGGAGAAAGAGGCAAAUGAGAGGCUUCCAGGGAAAUGUGAAACGUAAUAUCAGAUGAGGAUUGUAGGUUUUGUCACCUGAAGUGCGUCCACUUCAUCCCCCAAAUCCACACAAUUGGCAUCAUCACAAUUUUUUUUAAAGUGUAUUCCACCACAGUGAUUUUAUACAGACACAGUGUGACUGUACAAAAAAAAACAAGGUUUCUCAAAGGCAAAUAUUCAUAGUUCUAUCAUACCUCAAUAAAUCUACAUUUAGACAAUAUGCUGCUUCUUUUGUGUAUGUUUGUUUUACCUUACGUGUAAAUGAUGCAAUGUGAAAUGAGCGGCUAAUAAAUACAUUUCUUAAAGAUAAUUUAUUCAUAUACUGUGUUACUUAGAGCAAGCACAGCUCAAACUUAACAUUUUGUCUGCUUUGCUCAUCGGCUUUCUUUUGUGUUGUUUACUGCGUCAAGUGAAUUUACCAACUUAAACAAAACCGAGUCAAAAAAUAGUCGUUUUUUUUUCUAGAGGCAAUUUUUGUAAGCACCCAGUCUCCAUGCACUGUUGUGUUUGUUUUUCCACAUAAAGACUCUCAUCUUGUUAAUAAAAGGUUGUUAGUUCCCCCUAAUAAAGGUGCUAUUGUGAGAUCAUUUCAAUCUUCUGUGCAGCUGAAGUAGUUACUGUGAUUGACCUAAAGUAGGAAAACAGGAUGUGAAAUGAUUGAGAGAAAAUGUGAAGUCAAUGAACUGCGUAUCCCAUGGUUAUCGGAGAAAAUCAACCUCUUUGCUUUUAAUCUGGGUUAGAGAAGAGAAAAUCAAAGUUGAUGUCAAAUCACUGGAAAAGUCAUUUUCAAGAAAAAAAAUCAAUAGAAUGUGAAAAUACCAUUUUGUGCAAGUUCAAUAAACUAAAUUCUACAAUU